CUAACGCCUACCUUUACACUGGAGGGACUCCGCUCAGGUAGAGCAGCGCAUCACACUUGCAGAGAGGGAGAGGGAGCGCAGCACGGACAUAUAUUUAUAGCCUGAAGCGAGGCUGCAGCACGGAGAUAAGGCUUGGGACCAAGCCGCAGGCAGGAACACAGACACACACGGCUUAGGGAAAAGACGACACGACAACAUGAAAUCGUUUCUCUCGGUAGUUUUAUUCGGGGCUGCGGCAGUCGCCCUGGUCAGCUCCGCCGGUACUGAGGGGGAGAUCUCCUUCGAGUACCACCGCUAUGAUGAGCUGCGGAAGGCACUGGUGUCCGUGUGGCUGCAAUGCCCGUCCAUCACCCGCAUCUACACCAUCGGGGAGAGCUUCGAGGGCCGCGAGCUGUUGGUGCUGGAGAUGUCCGACAACCCUGGGACGCACGAGCCUGGUGAGCCUGAGUUUAAAUACAUCGCCAACAUGCACGGUAACGAGGCAGUGGGCAGAGAGCUCAUCAUCUACCUGGCUCAGUACCUGUGCAACCAGUACCAGCAGGGCAACGAGACCAUCAUCGACCUCAUCGACAACACCCGCAUCCACCUCAUGCCAUCCAUGAACCCAGAUGGCUUCGAAAAGGCUGCUUCACAGCCUGGAGAGAUCAAGGAUUGGUUUGUGGGUCGCAGUAACGCCCAGGGAGUGGAUCUGAACCGUAACUUCCCCGAUCUGGACCGCAUCAUCUAUGUCAACGAGCGACAGGGCGGAGCUAACAACCACCUGCUGCAGAACAUGAAGAAGGCCGUGGAUGAAAACACCAAGCUGGCUCCAGAGACAAAGUCUGUAAUCCACUGGAUCAUGGACAUCCCCUUCGUCCUCUCAGCCAACCUGCACGGAGGAGAUGUGGUGGCCAACUACCCAUAUGAUGAAACCCGCACUGGCUCCACCCAUGAGUACAGUGCCAGUCCAGAUGAUGUGAUGUUUAAGUCCCUGGCAAAGGCCUACUCCAUCUACAACCCAGUCAUGUCCGACCCUCGAAGACCCCCCUGCCGUAAGAACGACGACGACUCCAGCUUUAAAGACGGCAUCACUAACGGAGGGGCCUGGUACAGCGUGCCAGGAGGGAUGCAGGAUUUCAACUACCUCAGCAGCAACUGUUUCGAGAUCACUCUGGAGCUCAGUUGUGACAAGUUCCCCAGCGAGGACACGCUGAAGAACUACUGGGAGCAGAAUCGCAACUCACUGGUCAACUACAUCGAGCAGGUCCACCGUGGCGUCAAAGGCUUUGUACGUGACCUGCAGGGCAACCCCAUCUCCAACGCCACCAUCGCUGUGGAAGGGAUUGACCAUGACCUCACCACAGCCAAAGAUGGAGACUACUGGCGCCUUCUGGCCCCUGGAAACUACAAAGUGGCAGCCUCUGCCCCUGGAUACCUGACCGUCAUCAAGAAAGUGGCUGUUCCAUUCACUCCUGCAACCAGAGUGGACUUUGAGCUGGAGUCACUGGUGGAGAGGAAGGAGGAGGAGCGGGAGGAGCUGAUGGACUGGUGGAAGAUGAUGUCUGAGACACUGAACUUCUAAAUAAGCGUUUGUCUGGCAAAUGAUUGAGUCUGUCUGCUCAUCUAUGUAAUAUAUUCGACUUUCAGUGUGCCCGUCUGCUGUAAAAGAAAAAAUCUGUCUCUUAUUUGUUUUGUUCUCUUUCACUUUAUUAUUUGAAUUGAAUAUAUUGUUUAUUAAUGUAAUGGUUUGCCUCAUACUCCUGUAGAUCGUUCCACAGACAUGCUGACGGACACAGGAGGAAUUUGCUGGUAGUUCUGUGGUAUUGUGUUCUUUAUUGUACACGUGAUUGGUAACCAUGGCACCCACCUAUAUAACCAAGGAGUGACUGAGUAACAUGUAUGUAAAAGAGCUUUUUACAUAAUUUCCACAUGGCACUGUCCAUAAAGAAUAUUGUCUUUUUCCCUGUUUUAAGGUCUCUGUUUCUCCAAGCUUAGUGCAAAUAAAAACAAAGUGCACACAAAUAACACCCACCGUUAUAAAGCUCAAUAAGUUGCACAAACACACACACACGCUUUAUGGUUUUGAGAUAAUCAGGGAGAUAAAAAAUACUGUAAACUCACUGUAAACAACUAUAAAGACAAGCUCAUUUUUCAUAUGUUAUUAAUGUUGAGGUUUUUUUUAACUGACUGCAGCACAGCUUUGAGUUUAGCACAAGAUGAAUGGUAAUAAUAUAUACUGUAUUUAUGAAAUAAGCAUAGCAAGAAAUAUGUGGUUUUUGUACCUAAAAAAUGAAAGACAACAAGGCUAUGACACCCAUUAAUCUGUCCACCUGAGUCUACCUAAAGCCAUUCCUUUGUAUGUGCACUACACAGAAAAUACUAGGGUAUGGAAGGAACCGUGGUACAUGUUGUCUUUCACGGAUCAAUUACACUAAUCUUUAGAUGCGGACUGUGUGGAUGAAGUUCAUCUGGUCUGAGAUGGCAAAAUAAUUUAUUGAAUGUAUAACUAUAGAAACCGUUAAAAUGUAAAGAAUACAAUGAUCAAUAAAACUUCCCUCUUUAUGUUGUCAAA